UACCUACUAGAUUUGGUCAAUUAUAUACAUGUAUUAUUAUCCUUCUUCAUCACGGGUUUGCUUGCAGGUGAAUAAUCUUUGAACUAGAGAACAAAAUUUAGUGAUGGAUCCAAAACCAAAACCCGUCUUCUUCUUCGUUGUACCUUGCUUCAUCUCUGUGCUGAUUCUCGUCACUGUCGAAGCCGACUACGUUCGACCCCCACCUCGUAAAGAUCUUCACUUUCCAUGGAACCUAAAGCCAUCUUCUCAUCCUCAGCAGGUGCACAUAUCUUUAGCUGGAGACAACCACAUGCGAAUUACAUGGAUCACUGAUGAUAAAUCUUCUCCUUCUCUGGUUGAGUAUGGAACAUCCCCUGGCAGAUACACAUCUGUGGCUCAAGGGGAAAGCACCUCUUAUGAUUAUAUGUUUUAUAGUUCAGGAAAGAUACACCACACUGUUAUUGGGCCUUUGGAACAUGGCACUGUUUAUUUUUACCGGUGCGGAGGAGAUGGUGAGGAGUUUCAGCUCAAGACCCCUCCAGCUCAGUUUCCAAUUACUUUUGCCGUGGCUGGGGAUCUGGGUCAAACUGGCUGGACUAAAUCAACCUUAAACCACAUUGACCAGUGCAAGUAUGAUGUGCAUUUGCUUCCUGGAGAUCUUUCAUAUGCUAAUUAUGUACAGAGAAAGUGGGACACUUUUGGUGAGCUUGUGCAGCCUCUUGCAAGUGCAAGACCUUGGAUGGUAACAGAAGGGAACCAUGAAAAGGAGUAUAUUCCAUUUAUAAAAGAUGGAUUUGAAUCUUAUAAUGCUCGGUGGAAGAUGCCGUACGAGGAGAGUGGAUCAAAUUCCAAUCUUUAUUACUCUUUUGAAGUUUCAGGAAUUCAUCUUAUUAUGCUUGGUUCAUACACUGACUAUGAUGAAUAUUCUGAUCAAUACAGGUGGUUGAAGGCUGAUCUUUCCAAGGUGGACCGAACAAAGACACCGUGGCUCGUUGUACUAUUCCAUGUGCCGUGGUACAAUAGUAACAAGGCUCAUCAAGGCGAAGGAGAUCAAAUGAUGGCAGCAAUGGAACCAUUGCUUUAUGCUGCUAGUGUUGACUUAGUGUUUGCUGGCCAUGUUCAUGCUUAUGAACGCUCGAAACGUGUGAAUAAUAGAAGAUCAGAUCGUUGUGGUGCUGUUCACAUAACCAUUGGUGAUGGAGGAAAUGGGGAAGGCUUAGCUCACACGUACAAAAACCCACAACCUGAGUGGUCUGAAUUCCGGGAAGCAAGUUUCGGCCACGGCGAGCUGAAGAUGGUAAAUUCAACUCAUGCCUUUUGGAGCUGGCACAGGAACGACGAUGAUGAGCCUGUAAGAUCUGAUGAAAUCUGGAUAACCUCGUUGGUAAGUUCAGGAUGUGUUGCUGAAAAAGGAUAUGAACUGAGGAAGAUGCUUUUGGCACCAUAGAUGCUAUUGAGUGGAGUCAGCCUUACCCAGAUUCGAUGAUGUUAGUAAUAUAUUAGAUAUAAAAGAAUGUCAAAGUUAUAUACGAGUCUAGCGUGGCAGCUUAAACUGUCAAACUACCACUGUCCUUUAAUUUGUUUGGGCGGAGGGUUAGAGUUAUAAAAUCAUUUUGUACUUUUGCAGCAACUUUAUUGUAUACGAAUGGCAUAUAUAUAUAUAUAUAUAAAUGUCAUCCGGAUACAUUCUUAAUUUAUUUUAAUGAUUACUUUAAUAUUAAUUAUUAUAUUAAAAUUAAUAAUUUAUAUU